UUUAGUAUUUGCGUUUUUGAGGAAGGAAAGGCUGUUGAGGUGUGUGCUGAUGUCUCUUUUAAAACAACGAGUUCUAUUAAGGGUCAUGCGCCUGUGAGUUCUGUACGUUUCCUUUUGGCAGGGAGUGGGAGUUGUAUUGGUUCUAUUUAUCUGAAUCUUCAUAGUAGGCAGGGUGCAAGGAUAGUGGGUUUUUUGGAGCUGUGAUUUUCACCUUAUGCUUAUAGGUGGCAUCUUGUUUGAGAGACCCACUAGUGUUGCUCAUCCAGAGACAGAAGGUACCUUUUGGCUUGUUACGAAGACCAGCUAUGGAGAAGUGGAGCUUAAUGACAAUUACUGUUUUACUAGCACUUACUGUACGCUGGACUGUGUCGCUUGGUUCUUAUUCAGGUGCAGGAAAACCACCUAUGUAUGGAGACUAUGAAGCUCAGAGACACUGGCAAGAAGUUACUUACAAUUUACCCAUCAGGCAGUGGUACUUCAAUACAAGUGGUAACAACCUACUGUACUGGGGCCUUGAUUAUCCGCCUCUUACUGCCUAUCACAGUUUCGUGUGUGCUUACAUUGCAAAGUUAAUAAAUCCUGAUUGGAUUGCUCUGCACACAUCUCGGGGGUAUGAGAGUCAGCCACAUAAGUUAUUUAUGCGUACAACAGUGUUUGUUGCUGACUUGCUGGUUUAUAUUCCUGCAGUUAUUUUAUAUUGUUUUUCCUUGAAAGAAACAUCUACUAAAAAGAAGGCCUCCAGUGCUCUCUGCAUACUGCUUUAUCCAGGCCUCAUUCUUAUUGACCACGGACACUUCCAAUACAACUCAGUGAGCCUUGGCUUUGCCUUGUGGGGUGUACUCUGCUUGUCUUAUGACUGGGACCUUUUGGGGUCAGUGGCGUUUUGCUUGGCCUUAAAUUAUAAGCAAAUGGAACUCUACCAUUCUCUGCCGUUUUUUUGCUAUUUACUUGGAAAGUGCUUCAAGAAGGGACUGAAAGGAAAGGGAUUAGUAUUGUUAACUAAAAUAGCAGGGACAGUGGUGGUUUCCUUUGCUGUCUGCUGGCUGCCGUUCUGUACCGACAUGGAACAAAUCAUGCAAGUACUCAGAAGACUCUUUCCCAUUGACCGAGGCUUGUUUGAGGAUAAAGUAGCCAAUAUUUGGUGCACCCUAAGUGUCCUUAUAAAGAUAAAGAAUAUUGUAUCACCUCAAACUCAGCUAAAACUCAGUUUUGCUGUAACAUUCCUGAGCCUGCUUCCUACUUGUAUAAAACUAACCGUCCAGCCUUCGCUCCGAGGAUUUAAAUUCGCUUUGGUUAGUUGUGCAUUGUCAUUUUUCCUGUUCUCCUUUCAAGUACAUGAAAAAUCUAUUCUUCUAGUGUCAGUACCAGUCUGCCUGAUCAUAAAUGAAAUCCCUUUUAUGGCUACGUGGUUUUUACUUGUAUCGACUUUCAGUAUGCUGCCUCUUCUGCUGAAAGACGGCCUGCUGCUGGCCUACGCCGUGACAAUGCUGGCGUUCCUGUCGGUCUCCCUGGCUGCCUUUUCCAUAUUUGAGAAGACUUCAGCAGAGGACCUGCAGCUGAAACCAUUCUCCCUUUCCCUGAAGGGAUACGUUUCUUGGUUUAAGUCAUUUCCAAAGAUUGUCAGGUGUCUGUUUCUUCUUUCCGUAACCCUGAUGGGCGUCCUGUCGCUAAUGAGCGCCGCGGUGCAUCCCCCACACAGGUUACCCGAUUUAUUCCCCCUGUCGGUCUCUGUUAUUUCUUGCUUACACUUUUUAUUAUUUUUGGUAUAUUUUAAUGUUGUUAUACUCUGGGACUCAAAGAAUAGUAGAAGUCAGAAGAAAUUCAGUUAAUCAACCAGUGAAGAUCAAGGACUAAACUGUGACGGGACAGUGUUUUCAGUGAACGGUGUCUGGCAUCGCAGGUAAACCCGUUUGUGAUGUAAAACAAUUCCUGUAGCCUACGGAAGAUCAGCAAACACAUUAUGUGUAUUUAAACACAAAAUAAUCCAGGACUUUUAAAGAAGUAUUUUGAGGACUCGGAAAUGCGAUUCAAUGUGUUUUCUUCGGAAGCGUGGAAUGCUUUUGUUACCAUUUGUAAACUUAAAAUACCAAUAAAGGACCAAAUCUCGAAUCAA